AUGUAUUUCCACGCCCACUUCAAAAACCUGCUGCGUUGUCUAGCGGUAGUCUUACUUCUCAGGGGUGCGUCCACACCUGCAGCGGCGGAACCUGAAUAUGAAGACGCGUUUGAUUACGACGUGGUCAUCAAACGCAUCAAGGAUGCAGCACACUACUUGACCGAUUGCACUAUUGACCAACUAGCGCAGUACUGCACCACGGAAACGGCACUCAACUUCGAGUGCUUCCGUACCAUUGGAAGGUGCAUACCAGGAACUCUGAGGAAGGUAGCCAUAUUGGGGGGAGAUAAAGGUGCCGAUGAGGAGGAGGAGGAGGAGGAGCCAAUCUCCGAAUCAGAGGAACUGUAA